GCUUCAGUGAUCACGCAUCAGUUGUCUCUCAAAGGUGUGGCUCUCUGUCUGAAGCUGCUACUGACCUCAGCCCUGCUGUCAUGGCCUCAGCUCUCACACCAUGCAGAAAGCACCCCUCCUAACCCUCAUACCUCACACACACUCACACCAAACACACGCACAGCCAUGAUGACCACCUCCCACAUGAACGGAUAUGUGACCGAGUCGGACGGUGGGGGAGGGAGCGGCGGAGGCACUGACUUUCUGGAGGAGGUGGUGCAGAGGCACAGGGAGAUGGCGGUGGACUGCCCCAGUGAACUGGGUGCCCGCACCAUGUCCGUCAGACGCAGCGCUCAGCUGGAAAGGAUCCGUCAGCAGCAAGAGGACCGCAGGAGACGGGAGGAAGAAGGCCGCAACCGACAGGAACUUGACCUCAACUCGUCCAUGCGCCUCAAGAAACUCUCACAGAAUCCCAAAGUGGGCAUCGAUAACCCCACCUUUGAGCAAAUGGAAGGUCCUGGAGGCUCCAUAGGUGGUCUGCAAACUCUCACUGCACCACCAACUCUACUAGAGCUGGAGGACCUGUUGAUGUCCCUCAAGCAGGUGCAGCAUAGUUUGAAUGACUCUCAGAGUCAAGAGGACAUAGAGCUGGUUCUACAGCUGGUCCAGAAGUCUGACUUCCAGAAAGCCUUCAACAUUCACAACGCCGUGGCCCACUAUAUGAACCGGCCCAGCCCUCCCUACCCCCUGACAGACCACACACAGAGCCUCGCACAAGAGGUGGAGGUCAUGAUGCACAACAGCUCGCAGAAGGAAGGACUUGAGCUAAGCACCCUGCUCAAAACUCCUCACAUGCAGGCGCUUAUGAUGGCCCAUGACAGUGUGGCUGAACAGGAGAUGCAGCUGGAGCCUCUUGUUCCUUCUGUCAAUCAAAGUGAGACUCUCACCCAGUGGGGCGGGGAGACUGUCAAAUUCGUGCGGAUUGAGAAAGCAAAGGACAUCCCAUUGGGAGCGACUGUUAGAAACGAUAUGGAUAGUGUGGUCAUCAGCCGCAUUGUGAAAGGAGGAGCGGCAGAACACAGUGGCCUUCUGCAUGAAGGAGAUGAGAUCCUGGAGAUCAACGGUGUGGAAAUCCGUGGCAAAGAUGUCAACGAGGUCUUCGACAUCCUGGCAGACAUGCAUGGCGUACUGACUUUUGUUCUCAUUCCCAACGCGCAGACCAAACCACCUCCUAUUAAAGAGACUGUGAUGCAUGUGAAGGCACAUUUUGACUACGACCCCUCAGAUGACCCCUACGUUCCGUGUCGAGAGCUCGGCCUGUGCUUUCAGAAGGGAGAUAUCCUCCACAUAAUCAGUCAAGAUGACCCUAACUGGUGGCAAGCCUACAGAGAUGGGGAUGAAGACAACCAGCCACUUGCUGGCCUGGUCCCUGGCAAAACUUUCCAGCAGCAGAGAGAGGCAAUGAAGCAAACCAUAGAGGAGGAUAAAGAGCCUGAGAAAUCAGGAAAACUUUGGUGUGCUAAAAAGAACAAGAAGAAGCGAAAGAAGAUGCAAUACAAUGCUAAUAAAAAUGAUGACUUUGAUAACGAGGAGAUUCUCACAUAUGAAGAAAUGGCACUAUAUCACCAGCCAGCCAAUCGCAAGCGGCCCAUUGCUCUCAUCGGCCCACCAAACUGUGGUCAAAAUGAGCUCCGACAAAGAUUCCUCUCCAGUGAGCCGGACAGGUUUGCUGGCGCUGUUCCUCACACCACGCGAAGCCGUCGCGAUAUCGAGGUGAAUGGCCGCGAUUAUCACUUUGUGUCCCGUCAGGCCUUUGAGAUGGACUCUGCGGCAGGGAAGUUCAUAGAGUCUGGAGAGUUUGAAAAGAACCUCUACGGCACCAGCACAGACUCAGUCCGACAAGUCAUCAACACGGGCAAAAUCUGCCUUCUCUGUGUACACACUCAGUCUUUGAAGGUAUUGCGCAGCUCAGACCUCAAGCCCUACAUUAUCUUCAUUGCUCCUCCAUCCCAGGAGCGAUUGAGAGCCCUCUUAGCAAAAGACAACAAAAACCCAAAGCCCGAGGAGCUGAGAGACAUCAUCGAGAAGGCCCGUGAGAUGGAGCAGAACUACGGCCACUUGUUUGACGCUGCCAUCGUGAACACCGACCUGGACAAGGCCUACCAGGAGCUGCUGCGUCUCAUCAAUAAACUAGACACUGAACCUCAGUGGGUCCCCUCAUCCUGGCUGCGUUGAGAUGAAGCCCACUCACAGCGACCCCUCCACAGACGGGUGUAAAUGAAAAGCAGACUGUUUGUGAAUCGCACACUCUCGGGUUCCAUAGAGUUGACUGAAAGCCACCGUUUUUCCACUACAGGAUUCAACACUAGAUAAGGACACUACUACGCCCCCUCAGACCUCGCCAGAAGUGUCUGCACUGCGCUGUCAGCAGGCUGAGGGAAUAAGAGUUUUUAUGUCAGAAUUCGUUCGAUCAUGAUGUGUUUUUGAGUCCGGUUACCCACAUUCCAUUGAGAGUUACCAGCACUUGGUGCGGCAGUAGAAUUAGGGCUUCUAUACUGCUUUUGAUAACUAUUUAUGAUUGUAAAUAUUCUAUAUGUAUUUUAAAAGACGUUUUUGGACAAAUGUGGAGGGUUUACGUUGUGGGAAAGCAACUUUACUAAAAGUCACUUUUAAAAGUUCAAUGAGAUAUUCAGACUCCAGAAUAGUUUGGGCUCCCUGACAUUAUUAGUGGACAAAGACAUUCAUUCACUCUGUUCUCUCCUCUUUCACCCUGAAACUCUGAUGUACAAUGUUACAGUGAGUUCAGUGCCCAUCUGAACAACUCUUUCAAGCUUACAAGACACUAAAAGGGAUAAAUGUCAACGCGACUGAUGCCUUCUAUCCCUGUGGCGCCUUCUAUCCCUGUGGCGCCUCCUCAGUGUUCCUAUGGCAAGCAACACUGUGAUUAUGACAGAGGUACACUUCAGGUUUUUUGAGAGUUUGCGAGGCCACAUCUGAACACAGCUGCAAGAUGGAAGUGGCUAAAUGUAAGUCUAUGCUCUCUCAGUAUUCACAUGCACUUCCAGCACUCAGAAGUGUAACCAGUAUUGUAAACAGAAUUUGACAGCAAUACAGUGAGGUUCACCAUCUGGGCGUCAGCACGGC